GCUUUACAUGUUUUGCUGAAGUUGCGUGUGUGCGGAGUAUACAACACGCGCUGGACUGGAGGGAAUAUUCACCUUUUGAGUAAAUGUUAUGCUGGUCGCUCGUUUAUUUUUGAAGGGCUUGCAUGACGGAAAAUUGUUUCACCUUCAAGAAUGUAAAACUUUUUAGAAGUGCCAUGCUCGGCCCGAGGACGUGGCUUGGAUAACAAUUAAGAUACUAUAUUUAUAGAUAGGGGAGUUCUUGAAGGUUUUUUUUAGAGCUGUCCGUUGCAAGAAGAUAUCGUGGAAGGAAAAAUGGAUGAUGAGGAUGGUAAUAACAUUGCAAGAUUUGGCCCGAAAGAGGAGAGUACUGGGACCGCGGACAGUGAGGGAGGGUCGGAGGGGCGCUCCGAGCUCCUCAUGUAUCUUACCUGUCCGCCGGAGAGAUACAGGACAGCCAAGUUCUCGCUCGCAGCCUACGUCCUCUGUUGGGCGCUACUCAAGUGGUAUCAGAAACGCCGGUGCCAUUCCAUCUCCUUACAGACUCAGGAAGCCCUUGAAGACUCCCGCCACAGCGUAGACGGCCUGGGCCCGGGAGGAUUAGGGCCCCCCUCCGCCGCGGACCCCCUGGGAGGGCACUCGGGGACCACCCAACGCCCCACCCCGCCCUCAUGGCCGGCCCGCAGGCCUUCGGACCUGCGCCCAGACGGGAAGGACGGCCCGGGGACGCUCCUGGGAGCGGAGGAUCUCUGCUCCCACGCCGGACCUAGCCGGGCCCGCCAGAGGGAGUCAGUCCACGCCGCCAGGCAGGAACCACAGGAGGCCGCCGGGACCCACCCGCGUCCCACCGGCUGCUGCAGGAGGAGAAGCCCCGAGCUCGAUCCUCUGGACCUCUGGAAACAGCAGCAGCAGCGCGGCCUUAAAGACUGUAGCACAGUGCCACCGGAGCUCCAUCCAGAGACACACGGGAAAGACUGCGGCCACGGCCGGCCCGGGUCACAGAGCCUCUGCAGGGUCACACAGACCCUGCUGGGCAGCUCAGAGGUGUGCGGGUCACAUGGACAUAGCCCCCACUGCACAGACAGCGCCACAGAGAGUGCCACAGACAGCGCCACAGACAGCUACGUAGGCAACGCAGAGGUAAAUGCCACGUCCCUAGGUCUCACUGCUGAGCCCCCCUUUCCCACGCAGAGUAGAGAAAGCCCACAAUGCACCAGGACACAGUAUGUAGGACGCCCCGAUACCUGCGCCAUACAGAUAAACGAGACAGAGGAAGGGGUCAUUGGGACGUUCGAGAACGCCGGGUUGCUACCAACUCAUGAAAGCACAGAUGUAGAAACACAGGCCCUAUGUGAGCAGGAUGUUGAACGAGGAAGCAUUGAACCGGUCGGCUCUAAUUAUGUAGAUAACUUUGCUGAUCCACACAACAGGGAGUGUACAGACAGCCACGACCAGUGUAAACAGGAGUGUGGUACAGAAUAUGUAGUUACAAUAGAUGAAAGCCGUGCAGACAUAGAUAGCAUAGAAGUGUUUGAGGUAGAACAACACAAUUUGUCUGAGAGUAUUGGGACAGAGAGUGUACCAAUUCACGAAAGAGAGAGUAACUGUACAGGCAGUUUAACUGAUGAAGAUUUGACAGCCCUGCUGAACUCGACAGGGGCACACAGCUAUCACCCCACACCUGGUGACACGGAACAUAUAAACUGGUCUGGUAGCACGUCUACAGAGGUAAACAAAGCCCAGGGUACAACAGAAUCCCCCGUACCACAAAAUACAAACAAAGCAAUUCUAGACACACAAGCACAAAUUGUUUCCUCAUCAGACAACUUGGACAGUUGUUUUUCUAGCCCAACAGAGGAGAGCCCCAGUGCCCUAUUGGAUUCAACGCCUCAGUUCUCUCUUUGUACCGAUGCGACACACAGCUGUGUGGUUGACCUCGAAACAGUGGUAAAUAAAGCAUCAGCGACGGUCAAUGAAAUCGGCUCCUCCAUCACCUUCUUGGCCGAGGCUGAGUCCCUUUUCUCUUUCGCCGGUGGUGCACCAGACUUAGCCGGGUCCGUUCCCCGGGCUCCUCAGAGAGCUGCUCCUGGGUCCACCCCCGGUCACGACACCCGGCAGCGCAGGGAGAAGCGACCCGGACGCCGACGCCGCCGCCCCCCCCGGGGCUUGAAGGCGUCGCCCGUGCAAGACCUGGAUCAAACCCAGUGUUCGACUCCCGAGAGCCUGGAGAAAGAGACCGCCGUGUGGCAUCAGCCCGUCUCCCUGGAGCUGUUUGAGGAGGUCCAGGAAUGCUCUGAGCUACCAGGGCCUGGCUCAGUUCAGACACCCCCUGACAGAGGUGGAGCAUGUUGGGAAGUUCUGCCGCCUCACAUAGAUAAGGUUGUAGUUUCCCCAGAGUGUGAUGUGCUAGUGUGUCCCCACAACCUACUGCCAGAGAGCUCAGAGGGGGAGGGGAGGAAGGCAGAAUCAGCCUUCCCUCUCCCUUCACAACACAACAGGGGAGGGGAGGAGAGCACGGAGGCUGCAGGGAGUUAUGUUUGUUUUGACCAGAGAGGAGUUCUAGGACUAGAAAACCCCUCACUGUCCAAUACUGACACGGCAGACGAGUGUGAGAGCAUCGAAGUCGACGUCAACUCGAGAGAAUGUUUCGGUCACCUGGAUGCCCUUCCUACUGUGGUUUGGGAGGUCGAGGAAAGUCCUGCAGAACCGUCAGUCUUAAACCCUGAUUCGUAUCACUGCAGAGAACACCCAGAUCCGGGUCAAGGGCCGGUUCCCCUGUCCAAUAGAGAAAGAAUUUGCAGUUUAAAAGAGCAGGGUGUAAAACUGCUGGAGAGCCCAAACAGUCCCACGGUCCCCUGGAACGCGCUGGCCUCCCUCCCUGCACCGCUCUCCGACUCCAACAACAACACAAAGGCCAGAGCCGGAGGAGCAGACGACACGGAGAGCACAGGCUGGUCCUCCAACGGACCACAGAGCAGCUCCCAGACCACUGAGAACACAGUUUGUGAUAGAGACGAGGCCGCAACAACAACCCCGACUGCUGACCUUUUGGAGUGCUCAGAGAAGCCCCGAGAGGUUUCGGAUGCGUUGCCCUCCCCGGUGAGCCGCGACCGCUACUGGAGCAGCGAGGACUCGGCUGUGUCCGGUCUUGGGGAGGACCUGGAGGCUCUAAAUCAGGAGGAGGACCUGGAAGAACAUCAGAACGAGGAGAAACUCAAUUACAUCUCUGAUCAGAUAGACGGCGGGUGCAGGGAUGUUGGGGAGCGGUUAGGCUCAGUCACACAGAGUGCCUGUGACCUUGAACCUUUAGUGCCCCAGCUGGAGCCAGCACUGCUAAUGGACGUAGGAUGCAAUGAGGAGCUGAAUAAUUGCAGCAGCAGGCCACCUGACUACACAGAGUCCUUUGAGGAUUACCUUCUGGCAGAGGAGCACAGAGAGCCACAGGGGAGUGGUUCCAAAUGUCCACAGUUGGUGGGUCGAAUUUCCAAAGACACAUACCCAUGCCUGGACAUUGGUACAAUCAAAAGCUUAGAUCCCAUUCUGGAGGCAGACCGUCAGGACAGCUCAGUGGCAUCCGAGGAUGAUUCAGAAGUGAAAGCACAAAAAGUGGAUGACAUGGGGCCAGUAGAAGAAGAGGGGAGUUUAAAUGUCUCAUCUGGGAACCUGACACCAUCUAUUCCCGAAAGUUCAUACGGCCAGCAUGAGCCUGAAGAAGAGCCCUCAACCACCACUGAGAUGAAGGCCCUGAGUCACGCCCCAGUGGCUGAGAUGGACGACCUCACCACUGCUCCUCUUCUGAGGCCCGGCGGAGAGAAGCUCUGCAGACCCAUGACCAUGACCUGUGACCCCACGUCCUACGGUGCAGAAAGCACUAUCAAUGAGGAGGACAAAACGAGUAAGAAGGGCAAAACAAAGGGCAGCCCGACAGCCAACAAGGCUUCUAAGUUCUCCGUCUUUGCCAAGAUGCCCUCAUUCCGAAAAGCCAAGAGCGUGAAGGGAUCCAAGGCAGAGGAGCCUUCCAGAGAGUCCCCUGAAAGAGGAGAAGAGUCGGCUCCUUCCAGGACCCCUGAGUCCGAGCAGAGUGUCCAUGAGGACAACUCAGACGAAGAGGCCCCCGUCAAGGGAAGCUGCAGCGUUGACCAGACGCCGGUAACGCUAACCUGUCCUUCGAGACAGGGCGAGGCAGAAGAAGACAGCUACGGCUUCUUCCCCACUACACCCAGGACACGCCACGUCCAGCAGCUCUCCAGCAACGGGGCUCCGAGCGAGGCCAACGGAGGCGUCCAGGACCCCGACGGGCCCCACCUCCAGCAGGGGCAGGCGGCCGACGGCCAGGGCUACAAGAGAAGCAAGAGCAACGACAGCCUCAACAGCAACAUCCGCAUGCGCUUCGCCCAAGCCCACAAGUCCCUCUCCAGCCUGUUCGAGUCUCGCUCUAUGGACAAGGAGAACGAGGAGCACCUCAACUCGGCCAACGAGGGCGAUUUGGGUCGAGCCAGACAAUCCUGGAGAAGGCUAAAGAGGGCCAAAGAGGCAGAGCUGCUGAGAAGGGCUCUCUCGGUGCCCGAAGGGGACACCAGCAGGACUGGGAGUGGGGAGAACCUUGAAGACCCGUCCGUUCAGGACAGGGUGAGCAUCCCUGGUUCACCCGCCUCACUCAGGGGCCUCCGCCACACCGAUCCCCUCUGCAAGAGGGGGGUCCCACAGGGGGACACCACAGAUAUCCCCCAUGGGUGCAAGUCCGAGGGCCUGAGGAGGAAAUGCGCAGCAAACGGCCUGCCAAUCACAUCGCCCUCGUCCUCAGACGACUCGGAGGCCACACCGAUCAACGGACCCAACCCACCCGUCCAGCCGUCGUCUCAGGUCAGCCUGUCCCACCCGCACCACCCUCCUACCGGAGUCCCAUCGUCCCCACCGGCCGGGGACGGCCUGGCAGAGGGCCCCCUGCGACCCAUGAGCCCUAAGCCCAACAGCCCCCGGCCGGCGGCCCAGCGGAGGGUGUUCCGUUACCCGCACUCGGCCAAAGCCAGUGUCCUCUCCUCGGUUCGUCUGGGCCAGUCAGUCAGUGUGGACGGCCUCUCGGACCCCCCGGAGAGGCCCAGAACCCUCAAGCCCGCCGCCGGCCCCCUGGGCCUCUCCCUCAGCCCUCUGGAGGGUCCCGAGGGAGGCGUAGACAAUCAGUCCCUCACCAGCCUCCAUACCAUAGGCUCCAUCAAUGAAAUGGAGGAACCCCAAACGCCCAGCCGCCUCCCCUCACUGGUGCGGCAGCGCAGGCUCCCGGAGACCCGGGAACAAGUGGAGGCCGUGGCUCCGGCCCCCAGGGUGCCCGGGGCCGGGCUCCGGCCUGUCCCAGACAGGGUCAGCAUCGCGCUUGGGCCGGUUCCGGACUCUCUCGGGACGGGCCCGGACAGGCUCGGGGCCGCACUCCGGCUGGGUCCGGACCGGGUCGGGACGGGGCCCGGCCCCGGACCGGGGCCAGACAGGGCGCGGUCAGGCCCCCGGCACCGCCGCUGCCUGGACGACCUCUGGAUGGAGGAGGAGAAGUGGUACAAGCGCAAGCGGGCCCGGGCAGCGCGGGGGAGCCUGGGCCAGCUGGACCACGUGCUGACCCCCCAGGGCCAGGACAGAGACAGAGCAGGAGUCACCUUGGGGUCCUACGAAGAUUUUCGGGGAAUUCCCCUGAGGGCCCACUGCUUCUCCCAGAGCACCCCCAUUGGACUGGACUGCCUGGGCUGGAGGGGACAGAUCUCCUACCCCUCGGUGGUGGUCCCGGACGGGGGUCCCGAGAAGGGGAGUCUAGGGGAGGAUCUGGGCAGCGAGGAGGACCUGCUGUACGAGGACUUCCGCGGCUCGGCCCACCGCUUCGGACACCCCGGGGGGGGCGGCGGGGAGCAGCUGGCCAUCAACGAGCUGAUCAGCGAUGGCAGCGUGGUGUUCGCCGAGGCCCUGUGGGACCACGUCACCAUGGACGACCAGGAGCUGGGCUUCAAGGCGGGCGACGUCAUCGAGGUGGUGGACGCCACCAACAAGGAGUGGUGGUGGGGCCGCAUCCUGGACAGCGAGGGCUGGUUCCCCGCCAGCUUCGUACGGUUGCGUGUGAACCAGGACGAGCACAUGGAGGAGUACCUGGCCCAGUUUGAGGAGGCGGGGGCCGGCCAGGAGGACCGGGCGGGGCUCGGGCUGAACCUGGGCCCCGGCCUGCCCUGCAAGGAGCAGAUGAGGUCCAACGUCAUCAACGAGAUCAUGAGCACCGAGCGCGACUACAUCAAACACCUCAAGGACAUCUGCGAGGGUUACAUCAAGCAGUGCCGCAAGAGGACGGACAUGUUCACCGAGGAGCAGCUGCGCACCAUCUUCGGGAACAUCGAGGACAUCUACCGCUUCCAGAGGAAGUUCCUGAAGGGCCUGGAGAAGAAGUUCAACAAAGACCAGCCGCACCUCAGCGAGAUCGGCUGCUGCUUCCUGGAACACCAAACCGACUUCCAGAUCUACUCCGAGUACUGCAACAACCACCCCAACGCCUGCCUGCAGCUCUCGCGCCUCAUGAAGCUCAACAAGUACGUGUUCUUCUUCGAGGCCUGCCGACUGCUGCAGAGGAUGAUCGACAUCUCGCUGGACGGCUUCCUGCUCACACCCGUGCAGAAGAUCUGCAAGUACCCGCUGCAGCUGGCUGAGCUGCUCAAGUACACCAACCCCCAGCACAGGGACUACAAGGACGUGGAGGCGGCGCUCAACGCCAUGAAGAACGUGGCCCGGCUCAUCAACGAGAGGAAGCGCCGGCUGGAGAACAUCGACAAGAUCGCCCAGUGGCAGAGCUCCAUCGAGGACUGGGAGGGAGAGGACGUCCUGAGCAAGAGCUCAGACCUGAUCUACUCCGGGGAGAUGAGCAAGCUGUCCCAGCCGCAAGCCAAGAGCCAGCAGCGCAUGUUCUUCCUCUUCGAUCACCAGAUGGUGUACUGCAAGAAGGACCUGCUGCGGCGGGACAUGCUGUACUACAAGGGCCGCGUGGACAUGGACCAGAUGGAGGUGACGGACGUGGAGGACGGCCGGGAGAAGGACUUCAACGUCAGCGUGAAGAACGCCCUGAAGCUGCGCUCGCUGGCCAGCGACAGUGUCCACCUGCUGUGCGCCAAGAAGCCCGAGCAGAAGCUUCGGUGGCUUCGGGCCUUCGCUGACGAGCGGCUCCAGGUCCAGCACGACCGCGAGACGGGCUUCUCUCUCACCGAGGUCCAGAAGAAGCAAGCCAUGCUGAACGCCUGCAAAAACCACCCAGCUGGGAAGCCCAAAGGUAGGCACGACGCAGUGACCAGGCCCUACUACGACUUCCUGCUCCGUCAGAAGCACCCGUCCAUGCCCAGCGCGCUGCCCCAGCAGCAGGUGUUCAUGCUUGCUGAGCCCAAGCGCAAGACCUCCACCUUCUGGCACAACAUCGGCAGACUGACGCCCUUCAAGAAGUAGAGCCGGCGGGGACAGAGCGUGGAACCAACUGGAAGGAAAAGAAAAUGAAGAAGGAAACAAAAAAGCCUACCUGGGGUAGAGAGGAAGAGGGAGGGGGGGGAGGGAGAGAGGAGAGCUCUCUGCUCAUUCCUGGACUGUACCCUUUCUCCGUCUCUUCAUCGCUCUGCCUCUCUCUUUAGCUUGGUUUUUUGGUUCAGUGAGGCUCUAAUUGAUAGAACUGAUGUAUUGUUCAGAGGGAGAGGUUUAUUAUAAACGAGUUAAGGCGAAGGUUGUUGUUUGUUUGUUUGUUUGUGUGAUUUGUUUGUUUGUUUUUUCCCCUCGAGAAAGCACUUUAUAGGUUGGUUAACAAUCAGAACAGUCUCCCGGAGAAAGCAAAAGACUAUUGUAUACCUUGCUACUACUACUACUACCACUACUACUACUACUACUACUAGUACUACUAGUAUUUAACCUUCAUUCUGGUACUAAAUACUACUGCUGUAUGGUUGUGUGUGACCAGGGGACUGACGACUGUCUCGGUAAAACAAGUUGCCUGUCAACAAAAAGUGUUUUUUUUUACUUUUUCCUCGCCCCACCCCAUCUUUCAUAUGUUUCGACGACUGCCAAUUGUUCACAGUGCCAGACCAUUUUUUCUUUCUUCUUUUGUAUCAUUACGUUUUUUGUUGCAUCUGCUUCUGAAAAUGAAAAAAAAGGGAAAAUUAAGGGUGGUGUGUGUGUGUGGGGGGGGGGGGAAUACGUUUUCCAUCUGCUUAUCGCUGGACAGAUAUAUAUCGUAUGAUUUCAGCACCCUUUCUCUUGUGUUUGCCUGUGUUUUAUGUGUUUUGAGCUGGGAUCCGGUUUUGUCCUUUCUUCCCAUCGUGUUCAUUCUGUUGAUACGCUAGCAGUGGUGUGAACACUUGCAUACAGCACUCUGAGGCCUGGUGGCUUUUCCUCAAAGGAACCUGAAGAAGCUUCUUCAACCCCCCCCCCCCCCCCGCAAAUAGAUCUCUCUUUCUCUCUGUUCGUGAACCCCCACAAACAAAAUCCUGCAACGAUGUUUCCUGAAUAUUUCCCAGCUUGCCAUGAAAGCAAACGACUUCUGUAGAUUUAUUGAAGUGCCAUUUGAAGUGUGUCAUGGACAACCAACGAUGACAUGCAUGGAUGUGAUUAAAAAAAUGAAUACUGUGAAUAUUUUUUUAAAGAAUCGCGAGGAGACCUGCUCUAUUUAUCCGGAUCUAGCGAUGGACCUCAAAGAUUAGUUUUUGCUUUUAGGGAUGGCAACCAUUGACCUGUUUCCUCUGUGGGUUUUCCAUAUUGCAAGUAGACGUGUGAUCUAUAUGAAUUUUGGUCUCCUGUUUGAUUUCAGAUAUUAUCAAGAUAAUGCUACGCAGGUUCAUUUGCUUAAACUGUACAUCUCUCACCUUUAUGUUUCAAUGUUCUCAGCUAAUGAGGUAACUGUAUAUUAAAAUCUGACGAAUACCGCCAUUGAUUUGGGUGGUUAUUAUAGCCUAUGUCUUCAUGUUUACCAGUGCUUCAAAUAAAAACGUUGUCGCUAUCAAA